GGGAGGACCCUGCGGGGCAGGCCCAGCUCUUGAGAACCUGGCAGCCUAGGCAGGGUGUAGGCAGGAAGGAGCCCCAGGUGAGGGCUCCCGCUGCAGGGGAGGAGAAAUACUGAGCAGGGCCUGGAGGAAUAGUGAGAUCUUGGUUCAGGGCUUCUGGGGGCUGACUAGAGGGCUGUGGGGUGGGGUUCCAGACAAAUCCAGGGGUACCAGUGCAAGAAUCCACUUAGAAGCUCCCAGUCUGAAGGUAGAACUUCAGCAAGGGGUCAUCCAGCAAGACUGAGCCCUCCCGCCUUUCCAGGGCUGGCGGCUGGAGGCGGUGGCCCGCAGGCUGCAUGGACAUCCCCAUCAGCAGCAGAGACUUCCGCUGCCUGCAGCUGGCCUGUGUGGGCCUCAGCCUGGUGGCCGGCAGCAUCAUCAUCGGCGUCUCCGUGUCCAAAGCCACCGCUGCCGUGGGUGGUAUCUUUAUUGGUGCCGCUGGUCUGGGGCUCCUUAUGUUGGCCUACCCCUUCCUGAAGGCUCGGUUCAACCUGGACCACAUCCUGCCUGCAAUAGGGAGCCUGAGGAUCCAUCCCCAUCAGGGGCCAGACCAUGGGGAGGGAAGAUCCAGCACAAAUGGCAAUAAGGAGGGAGCCCGCAGCAGCCUGUCCACCGUGAGCAGGACCCUGGAGAAGCUGAAGCCAGGAGGCCGGGGCGCUGGGGAGGGCUGAGGUAUAAGGGUCUGCCCUGCCCUGUCCUCCCAGCCCACCACCCUCAUCCCAGCACCUCCUGGGGUCCAGACCAGAGGUGAGCCAGGCCUUGGAGACACCAGCCCCACAUUCGCAGGGACCAAGGCUCUGGAAAUGGAUUCCGUGUGGCUCAGCCCUGGCCUGAAGCAAGGUGUCACUGAAGGUCCCUCGUGGGGAACACCUUGUUUCUUGACCUGGGUUUUCUUUCUGGAUUGCAACUCCACUUCCCUUUUUUUAUCUACUGACUACUUUCUCUAGAAUCUGGGCUUAGGGGUCCCGUCCCUUGCUUCAGCCUUGCUAGAGAAGUGAAGCGUGGGCCCACAGGAACCAUACGAAGAGCUCUAGUUGAGGCCCUUAGUCCCCAAGACCGGGAUCUUGGUCUCCAGAACUUACCAGCUGUGCAGAGGAAUGGGAGCAGAUUCUUUUUCACAUCAAAAACUUCUCAGAAUAUCAAAAAUAACAGCAACUCCUCAGGCAGAGAACCAGACAGGGACACAGCCUUGAAGGAUUCCUGGUCCCCAGGCAGACAAAAUGGUCACUGCCAUGACAGGAGCCCAGGUGAGGCGUGGGCCUGGAGGCUUCCCGGAGAGGCUGACUCCUGGGCAGAGCACUGCUGAGACACCCGCUGUUUGACUCCACCAUUCCAGGCUUUUUGUGAUCUGGCUCCAGGGGAGACCUCAGCUUUCCCUUUUCUUCCCAACCCACUCAUGGUUCCUGAACAAUCAGUCUCAAGUGUCGAGAAGCGCCCUCCCUGUCUGCCUAGCAAGACUCUCUGCCUUGACAGGCCAGUUCCAUCCUACCCGCAUGACCCUUCUCUUCCUCUUCUGCUGCCCCCUGUGUCUUAAUCCUCUAGGAAGGUCGAAGUUAUCUUU